AUGUUCCUUCUCCCCCUUGCCCUCGUCUUUAUCCUUGCCGUGCUGGACGUGGCCUGGGCGGGUUCCCGCAUCGGCACCGUCGCCAGCCCGACUGUACCGCACAUCCUCCACGAACGCAUUAGGCGCCAGGUUUCGCAGAGCACAAUCACAAAUGGCACGUCUGCCAGCACGAACGGUUCCACCAUCGUUCCCAUCUCACUCUCGAAGGACCAGCAAACGUACUAUACGCUUCUGUCCGUGGGCAAUAUCAGCUUCCGUGUGAGCAUCGACACCGCGUCCUCCGAUCUCUGGCUCUUCUCCUCGGACUGCACAUCCGGGGCUUGUAAAUCUUCCCCAAAAUACCCGCUCUCUUACGACAGCCACUCAUUUGUUUCCGUCAACGGCAAUUCGACCACGUUCAAUGUUAGCUAUGCCGACACUUCCAUGGCCUCGGGGUUCAUAGCCCGGGAGAAGGUCGAUCUGGGGUACUUGACCAUUGCAAACCAAGCUUUUGGUCUGAUGAACUCUUCUAACGUUUCGUUCGUGGAUCAAGUCAGCGGAAUCAUGGGGUUAGGUUUCCCGAGGCUGUCAACGAUCAAUGCCAAGGCAUCCAACGCAACCCCGUUCUUCGUUCAACUGGCUCAGCAGGGCCAACUUGAUUAUCCCGUCUUCGGAGUAAGCCUCACACGCAAUGCGUCUGCUGGCUCUCUAGCUGUUGGUGCGGUUGAUUCCUCCGUGGUUCAGAAUGCGAGCAGCAUAUCUUGGAACGAAGUCGUUCCUUUCCGGCCUUUCAAGGCUGAAAGCAAUUCGUCUAGCUAUCUGCAGUGGGCAAUUCACUUGGCUAACAUAUCAGUGGGCACAAACGUCAUCACGCCUCAACCAACGUAUCCUAUUCCCGACUCGAAUUUAUCGAUAGCUCUCUUAGAUGUGGGGACAGCUGGCAUCUUUGGUCCUUACCAAGACGUCUCUCGGAUAUUUUCUGUGAUGAGCUCAAGCCGCCUGAUUGACGCUAGCAGUGGAACAUGGGCGGUACCGUGCGACACAAAUGAGACAAUGACCUUCACAUUUGGCGAUCAAAAUUUCACGCUUCUCCCAUUGGAUUAUCUGAUUGGACCCGUAUCCACAGAUCCUAACAUUUGCUUGUCGUGGCCCCAAGCUCUGCCUCCUAGUUCUGAUGGUAUAGACUGGCAAUUUGGCUCUGCGUUCCUACGAACUGUAUACACGAUCUUCAGCUACGGGAUCACUGCCAAAGAGGCCCCCAUGAUCGGCCUGUACCCCCUAAACCCCACAAACGCGACGCCUACCGCAACUUCAGAGGCCUCUUUGUCCGCCCUCUUCUCCUCCCUUUCACUCACUGUCGCCACCGCAUUGCCCAACUCGCUGAUCUCUGCGCCCAUGUACACAACUCCGACAUACCUCUUCAACACGUCGGUGCCCACCUCAGCCCCAGUGACAGGUCUCGCUACCUCGACUUACGCGCCACUCUUCUUCACCAUCAACGGCGGUGCUGUAGGCGCGGAGAAGUUCAACAUCAGCGCGCUGCCGCAGGUAUCGCCCAGCCCAACGCGCGCGACGCUGAUCCUGACGGACUCGAGCGGAGUCGUGCACACGAGCACGAGCUUCGCGCCCACGCAGAGCCCGCAGCUGGGCGUGCCAUAUGGGUGGGAUUCGGGCGCUCAGGCGCUGCGGGCAAACCUUGGCACUUCCAUGUUGCUCGCCGGCACACUUUUGUGUCUGCUGCAGCUCAGUGGACUCGGACUCGGACUCGGACUGGUUUGA